AAAAUCCAAAAGUUUUGAAAUUAUGGAAGAUACACUGGUCAAAAGAAUUAAAUCAAGAUAUGAUUAAAGAAUUGGCUUUUGGUUGGGACAUUGAAGAUUUUAAAAAUGAUAUAGCACAAAGUGGUUACAAUAUAGAUAGACCUAAAAAGACAUAUUUCAUUGAUCAUGUUAAGUUAGAGUUUGAUGAUUUUUUGCCAUGGAGGGAAAUUUUAGAUGAAUGGAGGAUAUUGAAAGAAGAAAGAAAAGCUUUGGGAUUAGAUGACAAGGAUAAAGAUCAACCGAGUCAACCAAGUAAAAAACUUGAACAAAAAAUUGCAAAUCAAGAAAAUCAAGAAAAAGAACAUUGGUUUAAGGUUGUUGAUGAUUAUGAGGAUGAUUAA